AUGAUGACGAAGUGUCCACGUUUGCGGACCUGGGUUCGCCAGUACGCGUGCUUCUUCAUGCAGAACUGUCCGCUGCAUUCCGUCUGCCUUUUGAGUUUGAUGGCGCAUUGUCUCGUCCUGUCGUUCAUAUCCACCGUACAGUUCAUUCACGCUCGUAGCUUUGCGGUGUCUGAUUUAAUCACGACAAUGUGUUUCUUGAUUAAGGCCACUCCACGUUACCGCGUUCUUUACAUAGAAGUGGCGGAGCUGGUGGAAUUAAUGGCACAGGUUUGCGUCUGCACGUCCGCACUCUGUUGGGUGUCGGCUGCGGUCACCGCCGUGUCGCUGACGAUGAGAAGCAGGACCGGGCUGAAACUGGUGUUGGUCCUCGACGCGUUUCUGAUCACCAUGUGUCUGACGAUCCCUCCCCUUGCUGCGACGGUCCAGGAAACGGCACCAGUUGUAGCGGAUGAACUCCUGCUGCAGGCGGUGUACAAGUACGGGCCGUUGAACGGCGGCGACUCGGAGCUGCACAGGCAGUUUGUGGACUUCGUGCAGUUAACCCUGAAAUGCUGUGGACACCAAGACCACGUCCUCGAGUAUUCGUCGAUGAUGAACCAGUUCCUGGACAACGGAAUGGUGCCGUGUACCGUGAUCGUCCCAGAGCGGUUCAUGGCCAUACCCAAGGUGCCGUUCACGUGCUGUCAAGAGCCGCCGUCGAGCAGCCGAUUUAUGCGCUAUCGCAAAGGUGAGGUAUCGAUGAAGCUACGCUGCGCGACCGACCUCAGCAGUUUCGAUGAGUACAUGCUAGAAAACAGCCGUCACAACUGGUCGUCGGUGCAGAAACUGUGCUCGUCGUCCUCCGCAACGGAUCAUCACCUGCCUCCGUUGAUGGGCAUCCACAACGACAGCUGCAGCGACAAGCUGACCGACCAUCUGACGGAUAUGAGCCGCGCUGGUGCCGACUUGUCCGUGCUCGGGCUGAUCGCCGUCAUCAUCCACCUCAGCCUGUCGCACCUGCUCAUAGCUUUAACCAGUCCCGGAACAUUAGCCGCUUGGCUGGCAUCUGCUAGCCUUUCCGUUCUGCGCCGUCUCGUUCCCGGGUUCGUGACUGAACGUCCGGCAAAGCGCAAGCGAUCAGGUAAAACGACAAACGAUGGAACGUGUUUGAAGCCGGAUCCCCGGCUAUUCGACAAAAUUUAA